UGUAAAUGUCAGAUGAUAAUAUAUUAUGCCUAUACUUUACGGUCAACAGCACAGACAAGUCUACCGAGUACUGACUACAGCCUUUGUCGUUUUACCUAUACUCCCCUUUUUGACAAUCCGGUCUCCAGUAGCGUCAACGUCUCUAUGACAAAAUAACAAAUAGUACUACGCACGUGUUUCAUUUGCUGAAAAUCUUUUCACUGUAUUUGUUGUUUGUUCAGUAUAUCCUUUCAUUGUCAUUCAUCACUCAUACCUUAUCAGCUUUUUCACGUAAAAAUUUGUUUUAAAUUAUAUUUUCAUUUUUAAUUCUACAACAUGACCACGUUACUGGAACUUUGUCGUAAAUAUUUUGACACAAAAAAUCUAUAUGAAGUAUUAAAUAUAAAUAAUAAAUGUACAGACAAAGAAGGUAUUGAUAUUGUAUGCUUACAUUAUUACAAUUGUAUUAUUCAAAAUUAUUAUCCUUUUUUUAUUUUAGUUCGUAAAGCGUAUUAUGUGUUGUCAAUGAAAUAUCAUCCCGACAAAGUUUGUGAAAAGGAGAAAAUUGAAGCAACUGAAAAAUUCAAAGUGAUCAGUCGGGUGCAUGCAUUGCUUAGUGACAAUGAUAAAAGGAAACUUUAUGAUGAUACAGGUAAGAUAUGAAUUGUGUUAAACACCUUCCAUUUUGUGCAAAUAUUUCCACAUUUAUAUUUUUUGAACUAAUUUUUGAUUACUAUUAUUAGAUCAUUUUUUUUUUUUAUGUUCCUGAAUGAAAUGUAUUAAGAAUAUAAUUUAUUAGUUAACUAUUGUCUGAUGGUAAAAAACUAUGAUGAUUAUAUAAGAAAAAAUAUUUAAAAUAUCUAAAUUAAUACUAAUUCAAUUAUGAGACCAUACUAAAUCACAGAAUAAACUUUCAUUUGUUUACCAUUACUGAGUAAACAAAGUACAGGUACAAUUACAGUACUGGUCAAUUAUUUAUUAGCGACUUUAUAGCUUAAGUUUGAUACGUAACACAUAUCAAAAUGUUUGUGGCCUUUCAUACUAUACUCUGAAAUGUUCUAUUUAACUAUUUCUUUUACACUACAAUUUAUAAAAAUGUUAUUGAGUACAGAAUAUUACUUAAUGAUAUGGAUACUCAUUUGUUAUUUGGUCAUAUGGGUACUAGUUAAAUAUCCAAGUAUAUUAUACAAUAUAAUCUUGUUAUUGUUUCAUAUUAUCUUAUAUUUUUAUUAGAUAUUUUUAAUCACUGAUCUUCUGGAAUUUCAGCUUUGCUGUUUUAUAAUGAAUUCUUUAAUUUCUUAAUUAAUUUGAUUAAUGUUUGGGUUUUUUUGUUUUAUCAUAACUGAUAAAGUUUGUAAUAUUUAUUGGGUUUGUCCCUCAUAUAUAUGAAUACAUGUUUUUUAUAUAUUGUAUUGACAGCAAGUAGAAAUGAGGAUAUACAUUUGGAAUUCAAAUCAAAAAUCCUUAGAAUAUAGGAUAUUCUAUUUAUUUAUGUAAAGCAAAAGGUUUUACAAAACAUUUUGUAUAGCUUUGUUUGAAUGUAAAAAGUUGCUUUCACUGUUUUAUUGAAGGUUUAAUUAAAUAAAUUUGUACUAUAGAGUAAUAAAAUGAAGUGUAUUCCAUAGUUUUAAAAAUGAAAUACCUAAAUAAAAACAAAUUGAGUUAGAGGAUAUUUAUUCUGUGAUCGCCACAACGUUUACUAUUCAAAAAAAAAAAAAUGUUUUUAUUAGUAUUUAUUAUGUUAUAUAUACAGGAUGAUCAAUUCUCAAUAAGACUUUCAUUAUCUUAAAAAACAUUAACUUUAUUUAGACAAUUCAUGAAAUAAGCAGCUUUAAAAUGUUACAUUACCUUAAUUUUUGUCACCCUUAUUGUGGUUGACAAAAAUUAAACAUUUGAAUCUUGAAAUGUAUUAAAAUUUAAACUUCAUAUUUUGAUGAAAUUUUUAAUAUAGGUUACUAUUUUUGGAAACAAAAAGUAGCUAAUGAUUUUACUCCCAAAAAUAAGGAUGGCAACAAAUAAUGUUAAUAUAAUAUUUUGGAGCUGUUUGUUUUAUAAAUUGAUAUUUUUUGAUUUAAUGAAUGUCUUAACUUCCUUUUUUAGGAUGUGUUGGUGAUGACAUUGAUCCUAAUUCUACUGAAGAAGAUUUCCCUUGGGAAACAUAUUGGAGAUCAAUAUUUAGAAAAAUUACUGAUGAUGAUAUUAAAGAGUAUGAAUUGAAGUAUAAAGGUAUAUAUUUAAGGAUUUGAAAUAUAAUAAAUGAAUAAUCAAUUUUUAAAUAUAUUUUAGGUUCUGAUGAUGAGAAAAGAGAUCUUAAGAAAGGAUAUCUUGGUGGGCAGGGAGAUAUGGAUUUUAUUAUAAAUACAGUUCCAUUUAGUUCAGUUUAUGAAGAAGAUCGUCUUAGAGAAGUGUUAGAAAAAAUAAUUGAAGAAGAAGAUUUACCGAGAUAUAAGGCAUUUAUGAAUGAACCUCCAACUAAAAAGAGGAAACGUUUACAAAAAGUAAGUACCGAUUGCAAUAAUCAUAUUAUUAGAUUAAAUAAAUUUAUAAAUUUCUCCUAUUUAAUUAAAUAAUACUUGAUUUUACUUUAAAAACAUUUGAAAUAUCUUAAGUAGGUCUCACAUAUUAGUUGUUGGUGGCCAUUAUCAAGUUGUGUAGAGUAGUGUUUCUCAACCUAGGGGUCGCAUACAGACUUUUUAAGGCUGCCAACCUAUAAUUUAAAUUAGUAUAAAAGUUAAAAUAUCAAAAUUUAAUGCAUAUACCAUGUUAAAUUUUAUUCUUAAAUCAUUUCUAAAUUCAUAUAUCAUUUAAAACAUAAAACUCACUAUCAGCAAAAUAGGUAUGUAUUAUUCUGCUAAUAAUUAACAAACUCUAGAUUUAGGUCCAUCCCAAAUUUAUUAAUACUUUAUCAAUAUGUAGCUUAGUUUAAAAAUGUAGUUAUUCUCAAUUUUCCUUUUCAAAAUUUGCAUUCAUCAUUUUAAGUAAAUUCGUUGAUAGUGAAAAAUGAUUUACCUAAUUUUAGUGAUUGACAAUUUUAAGGGACAAAUUUAGUAUAUGACCUUUAAGCUCUUUUGAAAAUAUUUCUGUUUUUGAGUGUACACUGAGAAUGUAAAAAAAAAAAGUUUGGCGAACUUUGUUUAGAAGAUGUGGAGAAAAACUUCAUAUUUGGAUUUUCUUUCUGUCUUCCGUAUUUCUUAUUUAGAAUUUAACAUUUUUAAUUUUUUUCUUAAAAUGUGUCUUUUUAAAUGCCUAAUUCAUUGGUAUAAUCAAAACUUACCUAUCAUACUUUUGUAGUGUUUGUACCUAAUCCUUGAAAAAUAGCAUUUUUGGAAUUAACCCAAAAUUUGGUCAAGAAUAUACUGUUUUUUUAUUUGUAGUUAUUGAUAAAUUAAUAACAAUGUUUUUUUUUUAUUGAAGUCAGGAUAAGUCUCUCUGGCUUAGUUUUAGAGUCACAAACAUUCAAACGCACCAUGUUUUGCUGUGUUCACUCUGACAAUUUUAAUCGAAAAUAAUCCUUGAUUUGUUGUGCAAAAUCACGUCGGAUAGGUAACAGGGUAAAGUACAAAAGCAUUAUAAAUGAAACUAGAGACAUAUGGUUACUCACUCGUUGCACUCACUCAGAAAAUUUUAAUCGAAAGUAAUACUCGAUGAGUGAGCGUAGCGAAACACAGUGCGUUUAAAUGUUUAUAACUCUAAAACUAAGCCAGAUAGCUUUAUUUUUACUUCAAUAUAAAAAAAAAAAAAAAAAUGUUAAUAACUACAAAUAAUAAUAAUUAAAAAUGUCCCUUUAUGACUAAAUUUUGGAUUAAUUCCAAAAAUACCUUUUUCAUUUACUAAAAUUAUACAAGUAAGUAUGAUAGUAUAUUAUGAUUUUACCAAUGGAUUAAGCAAUUAAAAAUACAAAUUUAGAGAACAAAAAAAUGGAAAAUGUUAAAUUAUCAUUAAUAAAUACAUGAAACGGAAAACUCGAACUUUAUGAAAUAAUUUAAUAACUUAACCUUAUAAUUUACAUACAUAGUGUUUUUUUUUUUUACAUUCUUAAUGUACAGGCAAAAACAUAUUUUGUAAAAAAAAAAAAAAUUGAAAAUGUGCUUGGGUUGCAACUUAGAUCUAUAUCCAAUUUGAAAAUAUGUGUAUAGGAUUGAGAUUAUUUUUGAAACUUCUAAUUUUAAUGAGUAUAGUGGGGUGUUAGUUUUAGUGGGUAUAAUAAUGCAUUAUUUUAUUUUAGGAAAAGGUUUGUUUAUAUGCAUAUAUUAACUGUUAGAAGAGCUAUUUGGUAUAAACACAAGACUAAAUUGUUUAGGAUAGCCUAUUAAGAUAAACCAUUUAUGUAUGAUUUAACUAAUUUUAAAUUAAUUUACUAAUAGAUUCUAAAUACGGUGAAGAAUUUAUUAGUUGUACUAUGAUUUGUGUUUUUUUUUUUUUUUUUUUUUUAUUAAACUUUUAAAUUUGUAUUAUAUUAUUAUAUUAUGUUAUAACAUUAUAUCAAGAUCACAAAAAGUGUAUCCAAGAAAAAGGUCACUUACUCCAUAUAUCAGUAUCCAUAUACUCCUUCUAUCAGUUAAUGUGCAGUUGUAAUAGUUUAUGUGGUUAUUUUGUUUCUUGGGAUUUUUAUAUUUUUUUGAUUUUAGGCUAAAAGAGAAGAAGUAAAGUGUGAAGAGCUUUUGAAAAAAGAGAAAAAAGAUGAUUCUUAUGAUUUAAUAUCAGCAAUUCAAAAAAGAUCGGCAGAGCGAGCAGAACAAAUGGAUAGUUUUAUACAGAGAAUGGAAGCAAAGUAUAAUAAGCCCAAGUUAGCAAAAAAAAAAAAAGCUAUAAAAAAUGCUAAAUAGGCCUAUUAAAAUUAUUUUUUUAAUUAUUUAAUUAUGUAUUUUUAUUUAAACAGGAAUUAAAUGUAAUUACAGAUAAGUAUUAGAUGAAUUAUACAAACUACAUUAUAAGAAAAAUAGAUAAUAUGUACAUAAUAAUAUUUACAAGAAAGUUGCUUUCUUACUAAAUCUUUUCUGGGAGGAAUUCUUCUCUAGUUGAAGAUCAUUAUACUAAUGUUAGUUUACAUUUCAAUUUUUCUUUCCAAUUUGAAGUAAUGAUUAACACAUUAAAUACAAGUCUUACACUAAAAAAAAAAUUGGAAGAGCUUGCGUAUAUUUAAUAGUAUACAUAAAUAUAUUAUUAUAAUAGAUCAAAUAUAUUUUUCAAAAGACUAAUUUUGUUUAGAUUCAAGUACCCAGCACUAGUAACACCAAUUAUUUUGGCAUGUUAAAAUAGGAAUCUCUGGAUAGAUGUAAGCAAUAGGUAUAAUUUGUAUCGAGUUAAAGUUAAAUCUUUAGUAAUAAAUAAGACCCGGGUAGCUGGUUUUUAAUGUAAAUACAUGUUUUUAUGGUUACUUGAUAAAUAAUGCGAGUUUAAUUUUAUUUCGGGUAAGUUUUAAUUAAAUGAGCUACAUUUGUUUUGUCCAUUUCACAAUAAUUCUAUUUUUAUAUACAUUUAGACAAUUUUGCCAAAACUUCCAAGAAAUUAAAAAUGUUGCCUAACUCAAUUCAAUUACUUCAAUAUUUAUUGUAAAAGUUAAUUAAAGCUAAAAAAAUAAUGAUUUUGCUGGUUUUAGAAUAUUCUUUUGUAGACAUAGUCAAUAUGAAAUAUUUGUCAAUAACAUCAGUCGAAGUUAAAAUUCAGUUUAUAUAAAUCAAUUUUCAUGUUGAAUUGGUGAACUUUUAUGUUAGCAAAAAUAAAACAUUCACAUUGUUAUUCAUUGUAAUUAAGAUAAAUUAAUUUGUUAAUUUUAAAUAUAAAUAAUACAUUUUUUUUUAAAAUUUUCAAACUAUUGUAUGUUAAGUCAUAACUCAUAAGGCCAUAUAUUUAAUAAAUUAAUUACAUUAGAAUCUUA